AUGUCGACGAUCGCGUCUCAAAUGCGCAUCAGUGUAGUAUGCGAGAACCAGAAUCCUCUCGUCUCACUUGAGGCUAUUGCCAGCCAGAUGCGCCGUGGCCGAGUCUACGAAGAAUCCGGCCAAGGUCCCUCCAGUGUCACUCCCCAGCCUGUCACAGCUUGGGAGCAACCUGAGUUUCCGCAGUUGUCCGAAUCCUCUUCUGUCCUUUCAGAGGCUCCCACUACCUCCACUCUGUCUGGACGCGUGAGUCCCGAAGAGGAAGGUGAGAUACCACGCUCGCUCAAACGCAAGCGUCAGCCGGCAAGACUCCCUGCAACACCCUCCAGCUCAACUCGGACCACACCUGCCCAUUCCCCGAGCACCGUGGCAACAAGCCCCGGAUCCCCAGAUGUGGCCCGCAAGAUCCGGUUUCUGAGACUGGAUAGCCCCAGCCCCAUCAAGGAUGAAGCCCUGGAAAGCCCCAGCCGCCCUCGCCUGAGAUCUGAGGCUAAGAAGCUCAAGACCGAGAUGGAUACCGCGAAAGCCAGUUCCCAGGCUUUACAGCAUGACCUGGCGACUGUACGGGCCCGGCUUGAGAAGGAGAAGCGGGAGAAUGCCAAACUCAAAGCAAAAGCUGGCAAAGACAAGGACGACAUCGAGGAACUUCGAGCCGGGCUGAAAACCUUGCGCUCCGAGUUCGAGAGCGAGAAGCUGGAAAAAGCCGAUAUGGAGAAGCAGCUUGUCGAUUUGUGGGCCAAGGUUGAGCCUCUGCAGCAUGGGUUUGGAGGGGAAUCAGACGGGGGCAAUACCAACAUCAACCCAGAGACCCGAGAGGAAAUGGCACAAAUCGUGCAUAUGAAUGAGGUACUGCGUCGUGUCCUUCAGGGCGAGCGCGGGUACCGAAAUGAAAUGUAUGGCAAGCUCCAUUCUUUGCGAGAGAAGGUUGGUCCAUUGCUCGCCAAAGUGGAUGAGCUUCAGGAAACUAUCGAUGUGAUGAAGGCCCAUUUCAGCGCUCAUGAUGCCCCGAUUGAGCUGAUCAUGGACUUUGUGCGCAAUUUCCACCAGUGGUGGGUUGAUAGGUACAAUGCCCGUCGUGAGGAUGCUGAUGGUGAGCGCGAACCCACUGGUGGACCUGAGACUUGA